GCUGCUGGCGGGUUCGGCGGCAGCGGGUGCUGGAUUGACGGCUGGAUCGUGUUACUGGUUUGAUUGCACCAUUUUAUUUACUUAGCUCAUUGUUUAUUUUAAAAAAUGACUGAGGAAUUAAUUAAAAAAUUAAAUAGAAGGCGCGGUGGGCUUAAAAGUCAAUUGACGGUUUUUAAAGACUUUGUAAAAACUAUACAAGGGUCCGAGCUCUCGUCUUUAGUAGUAAAAGAGCUGAGUUUGCGAUUAGAUGGACUUCGUAAAAUAAUGGUUGAUUAUGAUGCCGUACAAGUUCAACUUGAAGAUAUUUGCUCUAAUUUAGAUGAACAAAUAGCAGAACGGACCCAGACCGAAAGUCUUUUUUAUUCACAAAUUGCGUUAGCGCAGGAUAUAAUUGAUACGUUUUCGGCCAAAAAUGGUGGCGGUAAUGACUCAACUAAAUUUAGUUCUUGUGAUGAAAAACAUGCGUCAGUUCGUCUACCAGUAAUAAAUUUGCCGACGUUCGAUGGAACUUACACACGUUGGUUGGAGUUUAAGGAUUUAUUUGAGUCAUUAAUCAAUAAUAACGAAUCAAUUGCGCCGAUAAAUAAAUUCCACUAUUUACGGAAUUCAUUGCAAGGAAGUGCUAGUUUAGUAAUAAGGUCAAUUGAUUUUUCUGCCAGCGGAUACGAGCUUGCGUGGAACACAUUGUGUGAAAGAUAUAAUAAUAAAAAUAUUUUAAUAAAUAAUCAUUUGAGCGCGAUCAUAAAUAUUAAUCCUAUACAAAAGGAAUCGUUUAAGUCUUUAAGGUAUUUAAUUGAUACUGUAUCCAAAAAUUUAAAUUCUUUGGAUACGUUAGGUAUUUCAACUCAGGGUUGGGACCCACUAGUAAUAUUUUUGGUCUCGGCGAAGUUAGAUCCCAAAACAAAUGGAAAGUGGGAGGAGUAUAAAGGCAGUUUUUCACGCCUACCCUCAAGUGAAUUAAAUAAAAAUUCUUCCGAAGUACCUACUUUAGAACAUUUUAAGGAGUUUUUGCGUAAUCGGGCUAAUGUUUUAGAAACGAUGUUUUGCAGUCGGUCAAAUGAAAUUAAACCUGUUUUUAAGGAAAACAAGAAUACUAAGUCUUUUGUUGCAGCUGGCGAGGGACCACGAAUUAAUUCGUGUUUAGUAUGUGGGCAGAACCACCAUGUUUACCAGUGCUCCAAGUUUAAAUCUAUGAGUCUGGAGGACAGGCUCGUGGAGGUGUCAAAACAUAAACUUUGUAACAAUUGUCUUCGAGCGGGACAUGAUGGUUCUCAAUGCACUUUAAAGGGUUCCUGUCGUAAUUGUAAGAAAAAACACAAUUCACUUUUACACUGUGAAAGUGUCAGUAAUAAUAAUAAUAAGGUUGCAACUACCGACACUGCAAAACGUAUAAACUCUUCCGUUAACAUGUCAACUGCAGAUGAUGACGAGUCGGGUCAAGUUAUGUUGUGCACGGCUCAGGUCGAAGUAUAUUGUCCUAAGAGUAAUACUACUCAUCUCGCUCGCGCGCUCUUAGACAAUGCUAGUCAGUCGUCUUUCAUCUCUGAGAGUUUUAAGAAAAAGUUAAAUCUACCCACAAAUAAAAUUGAACCAUUUGAUAUCACUGGGAUCAAUAAACAAAAAACGGAGAUAUCCGAACGUAUCCAACUAAAGGUUAGGUCUCGCGUUAAUUCGUAUGAAUUAGAUGCUAAUUGUUGGGUGAUCCCCACAAUUGCGGAUGAUCUUCCCUAUGUAGCAAUUGAUGUUGAAAAAUUGGAUUUGCCCCAUGUUGAGUUAGCCGAUCCGUUGUUCUAUAAACCGGAUGAGGUCGAUAUUUUGUUGUCAGGGGACAAAUUUUUCAAGGUUCUUAAACCUGAUCAAGUAGAGUUAGGAGAAGGAAAACCCAUCCUACAAGAUAGUAAGUUCGGGUGGUUAGUAGCUGGUCGCACGGACGAAAGCUACAACCGAUGCAAUGUUUAUUGUCAUUUAGCCACUACAAGGCGCAAGACGUCACUACAAGAUGUCGAUGAUUCUCUGAAGCGUUUUUGGGAGGUGGAAAAUUUGCCUUCCGAUUGUAAGUCUUUAUCUAUUGAUGAAGAGUUUUGUGAAACUCAUUAUGUUGAAAAUACAGUUCGUUUACCUGAUGGUCGAUUCUCUGUACAGAUGCCAUUCAAAGAAAAACCCGAGGAUGCUCUCGGAAACUCAUAUCCUAUAGCUAUGAGACGUUUUUUAAACUUAGAAAAGAAGUUAGAUAAAAAUCCCAUCGUCAAAAAUCAAUAUCGCGAUUUUUUGCAAGAAUAUGCCGAUUUGGGACAUAUGACUGAAGUGGGACGGCCAAGUUUCGGGUGCUAUUUGCCCCACCACUGUGUUAUUCGUGAGCAAAAAGAAACUACCAAGCUUCGUGUCGUUUACGACGCUUCAGCUCUGACAAGUUCUGGCAAGAGUCUGAAUUGCAUUCAGGCUAUAGGUCCGGUUGUGCAAAGUGACCUAUUUUCAAUUCUUUUGCGUUUCCGUACUAAUAGGUUCGUUCUGACAGCUGACAUAGAGAAGAUGUACAGGCAGGUCUCCCUCAGCGAACAACAGCGCCACCUGCAGCUCAUUUUGUGGAGAGACCAGGCUGAUCAGCCUGUCAAGAUUUUUCAGCUCAACACUGUUACGUAUGGGAUGGCUUCGGCACCUUUUGUCACCACAAGGUGUCUCAAGCAACUAGCUCUUGAAUGUCAGGAUGAAGUCACGUCUAAUGUUAUCAAAAAUGAUUUUUACAUUGAUGACCUCAACACAGGGUCGUCAACGGUAGAAGAGUUGAAAUAUAUUUACGAAAAUGUUGUCAAUGUCCUAAAUUCUGCAUGCUUUCCCCUGCGCAAGUUUCGCACAAAUUGUCCACAAAUUUUAGAAGAUCAGUCAGGGUCUACAAAUUGCCUUGACUUUAAUAAUGAUGCUUAUGUUUUAGGCCUAAAAUGGUCCCCUCAGGCGGAUACGUUGCAUUUUCCUAUAGACUUUGCACCGCCAAAUAAAAUAACAAAACGAACAAUCAUAUCUACAACUUGCAAAUUGUUCGACCCAUUGGGUCUUCUUUGUUGUUGUAUUAUAAAACCUAAGAUUCUUCUUCAGAAUUUAUGGGCUGCCAAAUUGGACUGGGAUACUCCAGUGCCUUUGGAAUUUGAAAAAAGGUGGUUGAAGUUUGUCAACAAUUUGGAUCAUUUGUCAAAUAUAAAUGUUAGUAGACAUGUUCUUUCCGAUUUACCUAAUACUGAGCGCACAGAAAUUCAUUGUUUUGCUGAUGCGUCCCAAGAAGCUUAUGGAGCUUGUGUUUAUUUGCGGUCGGUUGAUAGCAAUAAUCAUGUCACAGUUCGAUUGCUUUGCGCAAAGGCCCGAGUGGCCCCAAGUGGAAAAAUUUUAAGCAUUCCAAGGCUCGAGCUGUGUGCCAGUUUGUUGGGCGCUCAAUUGUGCACGAAAGUAGCUCAGUCUAUAAAAGCUAAAAUUGAUAAAUAUGUUAUGUGGACCGAUAGCAUGGUCGUUCUCGGUUGGCUUAAAUCGCAGUCUAAAACUCUGCAAACUUUCGUACGCAAUCGAGUAAAUAAAAUUAAUGAGUUGACUCAAGGUCACGAGUGGAGACACGUACCUACGGAUUCAAAUCCGGCAGACCUAGCAUCGCGGGGUGUUGAUCCGCAGCAUCUGCCGUCUUUGUCUUUCUGGUGGGAAGGUCCUUCGUUUCUGAAGAAGGAUUCUGUGGAGUGGCCUUCUAUGCCUCAAGCUCCUUCAGACUUGCCUGAAGUCAAGGCGUUAUUAACAACUGUCAGAGACGAAACCUCAAGUUUUGGCGCGCACAAUGAGCUGGGUAGAGUUUUACGGUCCAGCUGUCAUCCAGUUUCGGAUUACGCGGCUAACGAAUCCAUUAAUUUUAAAUUCAUUCCCGCGUACGCGCCAAAUUUCGGUGGCAUAUGGGAGGCCGGCGUCCGCGCAGCUAAGUUUCAUUUAAAACGUAUUGCGGGCAACGCGAACCUGACGUUUGAAGAGUUGACUACUCUUUUUGUGCAAAUAGAGGCUAUCCUCAACUCCAGACCAAUCACUCCUCUCUCGUCAGACCCCAACGACAUGAAUCCCCUUACCCCAGGGCAUUUUUUAAUCUCUCGGCCAUUGACUUCUUCUGUGCCUUCUCUACCCGUCACGGGAAAUCCAGCUACCAGAUACAAGCGCAUCGAGCUACUCCGGCAGCAAUUUUGGGAGAGAUGGCGUCGUGAAUUCAUGGCUGAACUUCAACAGCGCGUGAAAUGGAAAACCAAUCAGCGAGGAAUCCAGCUUGGUGAUCUCGUGCUUUUAAAAGAAGACAACCUGAUGCCGCUACAAUGGCGCAUGGGGCGUGUCAUUCAUCUCUACAAGGGCCCUGAUGGUGUUUGUCGGGUCGCUGAUAUACAAACAGAAAAAGGUCUAAUCAAAAGGGCCGUAAACAAGAUGUGUCUUCUGCCAACUGAUCCUGAACCCAAUGACGAGGGAAAUAAUUCAAAGGAUGAUCAGACCGAUCCCUAA